AUGGCCGCCUCUCCAGCCGCCUCGUCUCGCCGCAGCGCUGCUUCGUCCUCGGCCUCGCUCAAGCGCUCGCACGACCAUCAGGACCAAUCCCCCGUCAUCUCCAACGAUACUCUGGUCAACCAUUUGCUCGUCGCCAAACGGUCCCUGUCUUCCGUGAACCUGGUGCUGCGCGCCAACGAGCUUGCGACGUCGGCCCGCCAAUCCCACCAAGAAACCCUGCUGCUGGCCGCCCAAACCGCCUUUGUCCGCAACUCCAUCCUCGACGAGACCGCCAUCCUAGUGCGCCUCUGGACAAGUCUCCAAGCCACUUACGAAUGGGCCAAGCGGGAUUUCAAGAAGCUCGUCGAGGCAAUGGACGACGUCGACACCGAGCUGACUCGUACCAUGGACCUGCUCCGAACCACCCCAGUGCAAACCGUUCUACAGCCGGCCGACAGGGAUAGCCCGAACCUGCUCGACUUUGUUGACGAGACCAGCGUGGAUGGCAUGCGCGAAGCGAUGAAGCACAGCAUACAAGACUUGCAGAGAAUACAGCAGUCGUUUGAUGGCGACUUGCUUCGAUUCAAGACGGAUAUUCGAGACCUGAGGAAAGUUGCGACCCUGUCGGCGCGCACGCCCAGCGGGCAAGACGACGGUAAAGACUCGGCCGCCAUCUCGCUGCUCCUCAGCAUGGAUCAUCACUCGACCACCAUGGCAUCUCUGCUCGCAUCGCUGACCAAACAUUUCGACAUGUGCGUCACCGCCAUUCGCACGACUGAAGGUGCGGCGGCCCUCGCGCGUCGCAAAGUGGCCGAGGUGAAGCAGUCGCAGGAAAGCGACGGCGUAUCAAUAUCCGGCGUCAUUGCCGAGCAGGAGUCGCACAUGUCCGACCUGGAGCCCAAGACGGCCCAGGACCGCGCAGAGAUGCUCAAGGUCGUCGUCCAGGACGCCGAGGAGGUCGACGACGUCGUACAAGAGAUACAGGAGCGCCUGACGGCCAUGGAGCAGGAACACGUCGCACUGCAAGAGCACGUGGAGCAAACCAAGGCGGCGUACGCGGGCAUCCUCGAGUCCUUUUCGCUGCUGGGGCAAAUCGGGCACCGGCUCGGCGAUUACAUUGCCGCCGAAGAAGACUUUGCCCAGCGCUGGGACCUGGAGAAGGAGGGUGUCUUUGGCAAGCUGAGGGAGAUGAAGGAGAUGCGCGAGUUCUACGAGCGAUAUGCAAGCGCGUACCACGGCCUGGUUCUCGAGGUGGAACGACGGCGUGCCGUCGAUGAGCGAGUGCAAGGCAUUUGGCGCAAGGCCCAGGAGUCGGUCGACAAGCUUCUCGGCGCCGACCGAGCCUCGAGAGAGACGUUCCGCCAAGACGUUGGCGAGUACCUGCCUACGGACCUGUGGGCAGGCAUGCAGGGGCCGGGGAAGAAGUGGGCGGUGGUGCAAGUCAACGACGAUGAGGCCGAGGCGGCCGCAGCUGGCGUGGAGGACAGGACAUGA